GAAGAGAGGUGGCAGGAGGAGCCAGCACCCAUGGUUGAUGUCCUAGGGGUGAAAAGCAAUUUGGCCCAUUCCAACAGCUGCGGACAGCUGGAACUAGCCCAUCCCUAACCUGCUUCAACCAGCUAGAACUGGUGUAAAAACCUGGUUGUAUGACUCAAAUGGGAUGAAGCAAGAGGCGAACAACUCACGUCUAGUGCUCUCUCCUCUUUUCUUUCCCAAACUUUUCCUCCCCAGUGGCUUCUCCCAUUCACCUGAGUGCAGAACAGGCAGUGAUCGGAUGGAGGAGGAGAUGUGCGUGGGUAUGGAGAGUGCAAUCACACUGUGGCAGUUCCUGUUGCAGUUACUGCUCGACCAGAAGCAUGAGCACUUGAUCUGUUGGACGUCAAAUGAUGGCGAGUUCAAGCUACUCAAAGCGGAAGAGGUGGCCAAGCUGUGGGGACUACGAAAAAAUAAAACAAAUAUGAAUUACGACAAACUGAGCAGAGCCCUCAGAUACUAUUAUGACAAGAACAUCAUCAAGAAGGUGAUCGGGCAGAAGUUCGUGUACAAGUUUGUCUCUUUUCCUGAGAUUUUGAAAAUGGAUCCCCAUGCAGUGGAAAUCAGCAGAGAAAGCCUUUUGCUGCAGGACAGCGAUUGCAAGGUGCCUCCCGAGGGCAGAGAACAGCCCAAACACAGCCUCUCCGCCCUCAAAAGCGCAAGCCGAAAUGAAUAUAUCCAUUCUGGCCUGUAUUCGUCCUUCACCAUUAACUCCCUACAAAACCAACCGGAUACUUUCAAACCAAUUAAGACGGAGAAACUGGAGGAGAAAUCCGAAGGAAGCACUCCGGUGGAAGAAGUUAGGACUGUUAUCAGGUUUGUGACAAACAAAACAGACAAGCAAGCCAUGCGGCCCCUGGUGUCGCUACCUUCCACGUCCGAGGCUGCGGCCGCCUCCGCCUUCUUGGCUUCGUCCGUCUCGGCCAAAAUAUCUUCUUUAAUGUUGCCUAAUGCUGCCAGCAUUUCUUCGCCUUCGUCGUCCUCAUCUCGCUCCCCGUCCCUGUCCCCCAACUCCCCGCUCCCUUCUGAACACAGAAGCCUCUUCCUUGAGUCCAGUUGUCAUGACUCAGAUUCUCUAGAGCCCCUGAACCUGUCCUCAGGCUCCAAGACAAAAUCUCCGUCUCUUCCCCCAAAGGCUAAGAAACCCAAAGGCUUGGAAAUCUCAGCGCCCCCGCUGGUCCUUUCCAGCACAGAUAUCGGCUCGAUUGCGCUCAACAGCCCAGCCCUGCCCUCGGGUUCCCUCACUCCAGCCUUCUUCACCGCACAGACUCCAAAUGGCUUACUAUUGACGCCAAGCCCGCUGCUGUCUAGCAUUCACUUCUGGAGCAGCCUUAGUCCUGUAGCUCCGUUGAGUCCUGCCAGGCUGCAAGGACCAAAUACCUUGUUUCAGUUCCCAACUCUGCUAAAUGGUCACAUACCAAUGCCGAUCUCCAGUCUGGAUAGGGCCUCUUCUCCGGGACUGCUGUCUUCAAAUGCUCAGAAAUCCUGAUGAUGUCUCGCCCCGUUAAGGACUCAUUAACUGAUAUAAUAAAUUCACCCUCACGGGCUAGUAUUUCCUGUGUUAUGAGAAGGACUUUGUGAAACCCCAUAUUAUUUUGGUUUGCACUUUUCAUCACAUGGAUAGUCUGGUAUUACUUUAGCAUUCUUAAACAGUGUUUAUAUAUGGACAUAUAUAAGAUCUGUUUUGCAGUAAAUGAAUUUUAAUGUUUUUAUAAGAACAUGGCCCUCAAGUGUUGAACACUGUUGACAGUGAAGAACUUUUCUUAAUGGAUUUCAAUGUAUCUAAUAAGGAUGUGAAGCUUUUUCCCUUUUAAUUCUGCAUACUCUGCAUUGUGCUUAUGUACACUUAUAACCGGCUGUGCCUUCUUUUGCAUAAUGUUUAAGGUUAUGUAAAUGAUUUAUAUAUUUUCUAGUAUUAAGAGAAAAGGAUCGAAAGACAAAGCUAGUAUCAAA